AUGGCUCGAAACUUCUCCGUCCCUUGCGGAGGAGACGUCUAUCUCACCUUCGCUAUUGCGGAGCCAGCACUACGAGCCCAGGGUCUGAGUCUUCAGACCUGGACAUCCUCUCUCGUUCUUGCAAGACUGCUUCACAAAAUUGCCGUCGACUUUUCCUCUCCUACUCCUGUCCCUGUACUGGAACUCGGAGCCGGCACCGGACUCGUUGGUCUGUCAGCAGCUGCCUUAUGGAAAGUGCCAGUAAUCCUCACAGACUUGCCUCCUUUCGUUUCUGGGCUGGCUGGCAAUGUCAAUCUGAACGCAGCGACAGUGAAGGGGUCUGUUCACUGCGGGUCGCUCGACUGGAGCCAGCCAGACUCUUUGAUUCUUCAAGAUGGCAGCCAUUACGAAGCUGAUAAGCACCCAGCUCGUAUAAUCCUUGCAGCGGACACGGUAUAUUCCGAAGAACACCCUGAAUUGCUAUCUAAGACCAUCUUGAAAUGGCUAGCUCCAGGUCCGUCUUCCCGUGCCAUAUUGACAUAUCCUCUGCGUGUGGCCUACCUCGACCAAAUUCGAGAGUUAUGGGAUCUUCUCGAAGCAGGUGGUCUGGAAGCGAUCAUGGAUGGUCAAGAGCAAGAUGAUGAUGUCCACGGUUGGGACGAUGAAUGUCUCUGUGAAUGGAGUGUCUGGAGGUGGAAGCAAGACGGCGGCCGAAGAGAGCGGGUAGUGGAAGAACACGAAUAG